GCAGAGGUGGCCGCGGGUGGCCGGGUCCCUGCAGGGCCAGGUCCUGCCCGGGUCCGCCGGCGCUGCCGCGGAGCGCAGCUUUGUUUACAGUGCAUCUGUGGUUGAAUUACACCACAUACAGUAAUUCUCAUCGCACUGCCAGUAAUUUCACUGACUUACCAAGCAGGCAUCAUUUCCUGAAAGUCAGCCCUCGUACUUAGAGGAAGUAAGAGCACUCUCCUUCAUGACUAAACAGCAUAUGCAAAUUUCCACGGGCUUAGGACAGACGCACUGGAUGGCUGUCCUUUUUUCCUCCAUUUUCACUCCUUUCUUCUGCAUGUUAAUUUUUAAAAACCCUUGAUGAGCUCUCUUUCUGGCCGUUGUUGCUGUCGCUGUCAUGAAUGAAGACCUUUCUGUGCUGCAUAUCGAGGAAGCUCACCGUCCUGCUUCAGCUGUGUCCUGUGCUGCCGACAGCAAGCUGCAUGCUGCUUUAAAAUGUCCCAAAUGCAGUUCUGGCUGAAGUUCUCGUCCCUGUUCAAGGAUUCUUCAUGCUUCAAUGAGCUUCCCAACAGCAACUCCCUCUUCUCAUCCCCUGCGGAUUCCCUCUCUGACAUCGCGGAUCCAAAGGACUUCUUGCCCACAGAUAGCCUGAACCACGUGCCAACACUAUGGGAUGUAAACCCGUCGCUGCAGAACCAAAUAGAGCUGUUCACACCCAGCAGAUCGUUCGGUGGCUUGAACAGCUCAAACGACCCCGUUCCUGCUGUCCCCAGCACCCCGCUCCUCAUAAGCUACCAGUCUCAGGCUCCUGCAGAGGAGGAUGAUGAAGGUGAUGAGGAAGAAACAGAAGAGCUGGGACAAACGGAGACCUAUGCAGAAUACAUACCUUCAAAGUCCAAGAUUGGGAAGCAUCACCCCGACCUCGUGGUUGAAACGAGCACUCUGUCUAGUGUCCCCCCACCCGACAUCACCUACAGCCUUUCCCUGCCUUGCUCUGUUGCCGACAAAGGGUCACUCUCUGCACUACAGCUGGAAGCAAUCAUUUACGCCUGCCAGCAACAUGAAGUUUUAUUACCCAAUGGGCAGCGAGCUGGGUUCCUCAUUGGGGACGGUGCUGGAGUUGGAAAGGGCAGGACAGUUGCGGGCAUCAUCUUUGAAAAUUAUCUUAAAGGGAGGAAAAAAGCUCUGUGGUUCAGCGUCUCCAAUGAUCUCAAGUACGAUGCUGAGAGAGACCUGAAGGACAUUGAGGCCUCCCACAUUCCUGUGCAUGCUUUGAAUAAGAUUAAAUACGGUGACACAGCUACCUCAGAAGGAGUCCUCUUUGCCACUUACUCUGCUCUGAUUGGUGAAAGCCAGGCAGGCGGACAGCACAGGACACGCUUAAAACAAAUUUUGGACUGGUGCAGGGAAAAUUUUGAUGGAGUUAUUGUGUUUGAUGAAUGCCACAAAGCCAAAAACGCCAGCUCUACUAAAAUGGGCAAAGCAGUGCUGGACCUCCAGAACAAACUGCCUCGAGCAAGGGUUGUUUACGCCAGUGCCACAGGUGCCUCUGAGCCAAAAAACAUGAUUUACAUGAGCCGCCUGGGGAUUUGGGGGGAGGGUACCCCAUUCAGAGCAUUUGAUGAGUUCCUGCAUGCAAUUGAAAAGAGGGGAGUUGGUGCAAUGGAGAUCGUGGCGAUGGACAUGAAGGUCAGUGGAAUGUACAUUGCCAGGCAGCUCAGUUUCACUGGGGUGACCUUCAGAAUCGAGGAGAUCCCGCUGGAUCAGCAGUACAAGAUUGUCUACGACAAAGCAGCAAAGUUGUGGGCAGAGGCCUUGAUGGUGUUCCAGCAGGCGGCCGACUGGAUCGGCCUGGAGUCCCGGAAAUCCUUGUGGGGUCAGUUCUGGUCAGCUCACCAGCGCUUCUUCAAGUACCUCUGCAUUGCUGCUAAAGUCCGGCGACUCGUGGAGCUUGCCAAGGAAGAGCUGGCAAAGGAUAAGUGUAUCGUCAUCGGCCUGCAGUCCACUGGGGAGGCUCGCACCAGAGAAGUCCUGGACGAGAAUGACGGGCACCUGAAUUGUUUCGUUUCUGCUGCAGAAGGCGUCUUUCUAUCACUAAUUCAGAAGCACUUUCCUUCAACCAAAAGAAAGAGAGAAAAAGGAACUGGCAUUAAAAGAAAACGCAAGCCGAGGAGCCGCUGCGCCAAGGCGCUGAGGGGCAUGUGUGACCCCGCGGGGGUGAUCAAGAUCAGUGACGACAGCAGCACGGACUCCGACAUGGGCCUCGACAGCGACUUCAACUCUUCCCCGGAGUCCGUGUUUGAGACGGACGAUGUCAUCUUCGUGGAGCACACCUACAACGGCUUCGCAGCUGAGGACAGAAGUAAUUUUCACAUGCUGCCUUCCCAGAAAGAGAUGCAUGGCCUGAGAGAACUAGAACACGUGGAAAAGAUGAAGCAGGACCUCCUAGCAAAAGUAAAAGCACUGGGCAAAGAGCUACCUCUCAAUACCUUGGAUGAACUCAUCAAUCACUUUGGGGGCCCGGAGCAUGUGGCUGAGAUGACCGGGCGGAAAGGCCGAGUGGUUUGCAGACCGGACGGCUCGGUCAUGUUCGAGUCUCGUGCAGAGCAGGGCCUCUCUAUCGACCACGUCAACCUGAAGGAGAAGGAACGUUUCAUGAACGGGGAGAAGCUUGUAGCAAUAAUCUCCGAGGCUUCCAGCUCAGGUAUCUCUCUCCAAGCAGACAGACGGGUGAAAAACCAGAAGCGCCGGGUCCACAUGACGCUGGAGUUGCCCUGGAGCGCAGACCGGGCCAUCCAGCAGUUCGGUCGAACGCACCGAUCGAACCAGGUUUAUGCUCCAGAGUAUGUCUUCCUUAUCUCUGAGCUGGCUGGGGAGAGGAGGUUUGCAUCCAUCGUGGCAAAGCGUCUGGAGAGUCUAGGUGCCUUAACUCAUGGAGACCGGAGGGCCACUGAAUCCCGAGACCUCAGCAAGUACAACUUUGAGAAUAAGUACGGGGCUAAAGCACUAGACAGAGUUCUUUCCACUAUCCUCAACCGUACGGAUAACAGAGUUCCUGUGCCCAAGAGCUAUGACAGAAGAGAGGCUGCGUUUUUCCAUGAAAUGAAGCAAGGUCUCAUCUCUGUGGGGAUCUGCUGCAAUCAGAUGAAGUAUGGCACUGUCCCAAUGGAGAAGGACUGCUCCAUCACCAAGUUCCUGAACAGGAUCCUGGGUCUGGAGGUGGACAAGCAGAACAUGCUGUUCCAGUAUUUCUCUGAUACCUUUGACUAUCUGAUUGAAAAGGACAAGAAGGAGGGCAAAUACGACAUGGGCAUCCUAGAUUUAGCCCCAGGAGUGGAUGAGAUCUACGAGGAGAGCAAGGAGGUCUUCCUGACCCCUGGGCACCCGCAGGAUGGGCAGGUCGUGUUUUAUAAGAUCAGCGUCGACAGGGGCCUAAAGUGGGAGGAAGCUUAUGAGAAGUCGCUCAAACUGACGGGAUCUUUCGACGGGUUCUACCUCUCCUACAAGACGCGGGGCAGCAAGCACACCUGUCUGCUGGCAGAGCAGAGCCGUGGGAAGAACUUCAUCCUCUACAAGCCCAAUAUCGGGAAGCAGAGCCAGCCUGAGAGCCUGGACAGUCUGCACAAGAAGUACCGGCGGGUGCUGCCCGAGGAAGCCAAGGAACACUGGGAGAGCUGUUACCAGUUCUCCUUGAAGAAGUGCAACCAUGCUGUCUGGAACAGGAGCUGCAAGCUGAUCCAGGAGGGGAAGGAGUGCUUCCAGGGCAUGCGGCUGCGUCACUACUACAUGCUGUGCGGGGCCCUGCUGCGGGUCUGGAGCAAGAUUGCCAGCAUCAUGGCAGACAUCACCAACACCAGCUACCUGCAGAUCGUCCGCCUCAAGACCAAGGAGAAGAAGAAACAAGUCGGGAUAAAGAUCCCCGAGAGCUGCGUCCGUAAGGUGCUGGAGGAGCUGAAGCAGAUGGAUGAGAACGUGAAGCGGAAGCACAACCGACUCCUCCAGGCACAAGAGCAGAGCCCCCAGUUCUCCCUGCCGCUGCACGUCCUGCAGCAGCCCCUGGACCUCACGCAGAGCGGGCCCGGGGUCCCCCUGCCCAGGCACUCCCUGCACCAGGACGAGAUCCUGGACCUGACCUACAGCCCGCCCAGCAACAGCAUUCCCGACGUGGUGAUGAACCCAGAGCCCAGCGCUUUGUGCUUCCCCUCGGAGCCUGUGCUCCAGCCGCACCAGCAGCACAGAUUGCCCUUCGGCUUCAGCCACCUUUCUGCCUUCAAGAGUCCCGACCCCGUCCUGGAGGGGAACGUGCCUCUGAGCAACUCGCUGCACGAACAUCUGCCUCUGCCUCACCCCGGGCCCUUGCAGACGCUGCAGCAGCAGCAGCAGGAAGAUUUUGUCCAGCAGGACGGGAAUAUCAAUUUCAGAGAGAUCCUGGAGGACAUGCUGAGGACGUUAAAUGGGGCCCCUCAAGACAACAUGCUCCCCCAGGAGCGCCAGAGUGUGAUCCAGUUCAGCGGGCCUUUCCCAGACUUCUGAGAGCCUGCUGGGUGCGCCAGGCGCUGCCCAGCCGCUGUGGAUCCAUAUCCUUUGGUGCAGAGAUGGGAGCUGGGGAGCCCCGGCUUUCCUACUGGUUUGGACUGAUCCGUUUCUGUUUCUGAGGGAAGAAAAAAAAUCCUAUAAAGCAAAGUUUAUUUAUAUAUAA